AUGGCAACGGAACGAGAGCCUAUUGCCAUUAUUGGGAGCGCAUCGCGCUUUCCCGGCAACGCUACCAACCCACAGAAGCUCUGGGACCUUCUCAUACACCCCAGGAAUGUGGGAAGGGUGAUCCCCGGUGACCGAUUCUCUGUGGAAGGCUUCUGGAAUGUGGACGGGUCGCAUCAUGGCACGUCCAAUGUCAAACAAUCCUACUUUAUCGAAGAUGAUACCCGUCAUUUUGAUGCCAAUUUCUUCAAUAUCAAUCCCAGAGAAGCGGCGGCCAUUGAUCCCCAGCAUCGCCUACUGCUCGAAGUGACUUAUGAGGCUCUAGAGAGUGCUGGUCUCUCGAUUGAUAUCCUCCGAGGAACUACCACAGGGGUCUACGUGGGCCUUAUGUGUGCCGAUUAUCUCGACGUCCAAUUGAGGGAUCCGGAGGCCCUUGCACAGUAUCAUGCCACAGGCACAGCACGCAGCAUCCUGUCCAAUCGGGUGUCCUACUUUUAUGACUGGAAAGGGCCCUCGGUAACUGUCGACACCGCGUGUUCUUCUAGUCUGGUGGCUGUCCACCAAGCCGUGCAAGCCCUGCGCCAAGGGGAAGGCUCCACGGCCAUGGCAGCGGGUGUCAAUCUUAUAUUUGGACCCGAGAUGUACAUUGCCGAGUCAAAUCUGCGCAUGUUGUCGCCAACAGGUCUGUCCCGCAUGUGGGAUGCCAGUGCCGAUGGAUAUGCUCGCGGUGAGGGUGUCGGAGUGGUGAUUCUUAAGCGUCUCGGGGAUGCCCUCCGGGACGGGGAUCCCAUUGAGUCUGUGAUCCGGGAAACGGCAGUGAAUUCGGACGGACGCACGAACGGGCUCACCAUGCCAUCCUCGGCCAGUCAGGCGGAUCUGAUCCGUCAGACCUACCAACGUGCUGGGCUUGACCCGACCCAGGCGUCCGAUCGAUGCCAGUACUUUGAGGCUCACGGCACGGGGACGCCCGUCGGGGACCCCCUUGAAGCCGAAGCCAUUCACUCGGCAUUCUUCCCUGAAUCCUGCGAUGGCAGUCGGGUGCAAGAGAGCCAGCUGUAUGUAGGGUCCAUUAAGACGGUCGUUGGCCACACGGAGGGGGCAGCCGGAAUUGCAGGCUUGCUCAAGGCGUCCCUGGCCCUGCAGCAUGAGACCAUUCCACCGAACCUGCAUUUCAGGCAGCUAAACCCCAACAUUGUACCAUUCUACGACGGCCUGCAUGUCCCCACCAAACCAAUUCCGUGGCCGCCGGCGCAGGUUCGCCGUGCUUCGGUCAACAGCUUCGGUUUUGGCGGGACCAAUGCACACUGUAUCCUCGAACAAUAUGCACCUUCCAUUCACGGUGAGCCAACCAUGGGCUUCAGCAAGCCCGUAGGUGAACCGGCGGUUGAAAGCCCGCUGAUUAGCCUGCCCUUCUCUGCCUCAUCUCAAUCAUCCUUGGCCCGUUUAUUACAGAAAUAUGCUGCCUUCAUCGCCGCCCAUCCCUCGGUGGACCUGCAAGCAGUAUCCCUGGCGCUACAAAAGCGCUCGAAUCUCCCCUUCAAGCACUAUGUGUCUGGCCUUACCCGUGAGUCAAUUUUACAGCAGUUGCAAGACCCUCAUUGGCAGUCCGGGGCUUCCGGCGGAGGGGCUGAGGCCCACAGUUCCGCGAUCCUGGGAGUCUUUACGGGUCAAGGGGCGCAAUGGCCCACAAUGGGUCGUGAACUGAUGCUUCGGCCCGCGGCUGCCAGACCCUCCCGCAUGGUUCUCCGGCAAGAGAUCCUCGCUGAUGCGGACACAUCUCGGUGCCAGCAGUCAACAUACGCCCAGCCACUGACAACUGCUGUCCAGGUGGCUCUAGUCGAUCUGCUCCACAGUGUCGGCAUUCGCUUCGCCGUGGUUGUGGGACAUAGCAGUGGCGAAAUAGGGGCCGCCUACGCGGCAAAUUGCAUCACAGCAGAAGCAGCAAUAACCAUUGCCUACUAUCGUGGCCUCUAUUCCCCGCGUGCAGACCCCGGGGAAGGUGGGCCCAGGCGCUCGAUGAUGGCCGUGGGGAUGGGAUUUAACGAAGCGACCCGGUUCUGCAGCCAACCCGAGUAUGCCGGAAUGAUCUUUCCGGCUGCCAGCAACUCGCCCUCAUCGACCACGCUGGCUGGGAAUCUGUCAACCUUGGAGGCUGCCAGGGACGAGUUGGCUCGUCAACAGAAAUUUGCUCGCAUUCUGCGGGUCGAUAAAGCCUACCAUUCUCCCUUCAUGCAGCCAUGCGCGGAGCCCUACCUACAAGCUCUCCAACACUGCAACUUUGCGUACCGCAUGUCUAACCCGUCUUGUACCUGGAUCUCCUCUGUGCAUGGCUUCGAAAUGGAUUGCAGCUCAGAUUGUGUGGAUAACAGCUAUUGGCUGAAGAACCUCCUGCAGCCCGUCCUAUUUUCGGAUGCUUUGUCGCAGGCCAUCCGCGACCAUGGCCCCAUUUCUUGUGCCAUUGAGGUUGGCCCGCAUCCAGCGCUGGCAGGUCCAGCAGGGCAGACAUUCAAGGCGCUUCAGCAAAAGGUACCCACCUAUCUUGGGGCGCUGACCCGGGGAGAGAAUGAUGUCCUUCGCCUGAGUAAGUGUCUGGGUGACGUUUGGAAACUCUGCGGUCCAUCCUCUGUCGACCUCCAGGUAUUCCAGAGUCUGAUCAAUGGAGGAAACGGCGCCCUGUCAGCCACGAUCUUGAAGACCCUGCCAAGUUACCCAUGGGAUCACGAGCGAUUGUACUGGAGGGAGUCGCGUGCUUCUAAAGAAUAUCGCACCCGAGCACCUCCCCAUGAGCUUCUGGGCGUCUGUGUGGAGCAAUCUGAGCAUCUCUGGCGGUGGCGAAACAUUCUGCAUCCCCAGGAGAUCUCAUGGCUGCACGACCACCGAUUCCAAGGCGAGAUGCUGUUCCCAGCAGCAGGAUAUUGUACAAUGGCCAUGGAGGCAGCGCUGCGCUUCUCGUACCCACGACCUGUCCAUCUCCUGGAGCUGCACAAGCUGGAUAUCCGUCGCGGGAUCAGCAUCGAUGGAAGCGCCGACGGCAUAGAGGUCCAUUGCCACCUCGCUCCUGGUUCCACACAAGAAUCAAAGGAGUCGUCGUUCUUGGAAAUUGUCAAUCUCACCUUUACCUGCACGGCUGGUCACGUCGAUGGCUCUGAUGCAUUGACAACCAGAUUCACUACCCGCAUCCGACUGCAACUGGGGAGUCCUGACCUCACUGUUCUGCCCAGGAAGCAGCAACAGUCUUCGGGGAAGUCUCCUGUAGACAUUGAACGGUUUUACGGGUUUAUGUCCCAGCUGGGCUUGGACUAUACUGGGCCCUUUCGUUCUCUGCUAGCCAGCGAGCGGAGGCUGUUCCAAGCGUCAGCGACGGUGGCCCAUGUGCCAUCCUCUUCCUGCUUCAUGCACCCGGGUGUCCUGGACACUUGCUUUCAGACUCUUUUUGUAGCUUUUGCAUCCCCGGAUGAUGAGAGUCUUCGGGCACCUCAUCUGCCAAGGGAGAUCCAAUCUAUGCGAUUCAACCCAGAAGCCAUAGCCCACGCGGAUCAUCCUAGGGACUCUUCAUUCCAGGUCGAUUCUUAUGUUACCAAAGCUACGCCUCCUACUCCGAGGGCUCCAUCAGAUAUGGUAGGUGACAUUGAUGUCUAUACAGCGACCGGUGACUGUGUGAUGCAGGUCGAGGCCCUCCGGUGUGUUGCCUUGGCAGUGACCACCGAAAAGGACGACCGCGCGAUGUUCCAUCGCACCCACUGGGAGCUUGACAUCCAGGCGGGAAUGGUCGUAUCUUUUGAAGAACCCAGUGAGGAGUAUUUAUCGCACCUGCAGCAUUAUGAGGCGGUCGCUCGCCAGGCUAUUGAUGGAACACUCCCGGGGGUGGGCGAAUUAGUGUCUCCUGAACUGCAGUUGAUUCAACAGGCCACAUCAUUUGGUCGUGCAACUCCUGGCGAGAGUUCCGAGGCCCAGUCGGCCUUCGAGGCGGCGCAGAACGAAUAUUGGAAAACGAGCGCUGGGGCUCGACGGAUGCAACAGUAUAUUGUGCGCACUAUGGAGCAGGUGACACACAAGUAUCCUCGCAUGAGAAUUCUUUUACUCCUCGACGACGACGAUAUAUCCACUGCACAGCUCAUUCUCGAUGCUAUCAAUGACAGUUACACGUCCUUCACACUCACCGACUCGUCUUUAGAAACAUUGAAGCUAGCAAAGGGCCGCCUCAAAUCUUACGGUGACACCGUGCAGGUGGAGACUCUAGAUUUGAGUACUUCCCCACCUGACCAGUUGUACGAUAUGGUUAUUGUACAAAGUGGCAUCAUGAGAGAGGGGGCUACCACCAUCCCUUUGGAAUACUGUCGUCGCGUCUUGAAGGCCGGUGGCUUUCUACUGUUCGGUGCUAUUACAGGGCGUGGAAAACUUGCUGGCUGUCUUCAAGGUCGCCUUGUCGACGACUACGAAGCCAAAUUUGAACCCGAACGUCUUUGGGAAGCCCUACUUCAGCAUUCCGGAUUUUCUGGCUUGGACAGUGUUGCCUAUGAUACCGGCAGCUCCCAGUUCCACUGCCACUCCCUAAUUUUGUCUCAGGCCAUGGAUGCCUCCCUUCAGUCUCUCCGGCACCCGCUUGCUUAUCCCGACCAAACAGCGGGUGUAGAAGGCAAAGACCACGUCCUCAUUCUCGGAGGUCACACUGGCCUCGGGGGCCCAGAAUUGACAUUAUUAAGAAACCAUCUAUCUAGAUGGAAUGAACAGAUUGCCAACAUCGCCUCCCUUGAGGACCUCGUCGGCGAGAACAUGCAGAACCUUCCGAGCCACGUUCUCUGUCUAAUCGACCUCGAUGCACCCCUUUUCCAGGACAUUAGUGCCGUAAAAUUCGCGGCUCUGCAGCGGCUCUUCCAGGAAGCCCGCAAUGUGUACUGGGUGACGCGAGGAUUUAAACAGGGUAAUCCCUAUAGUGCCAUGACAGUUGGUCUGGGGCGGGUCGUGCAGACGGAAUUGCAGGGUCUGAACCUGGGCUUUCUUGACAUUAACAAUGUGGAUGAGGAUGGGAUCACCCAGAUCGCAACUCGGUUUGCCCAGUUUGUAAUCCAUGGCCAACACAGUCAUGCUGUCAAGAACGGAACGAGCCUAUGGUGCCAGGAACGGGAGGUUGCCCUUGAGAAUGGCCUGCCCUAUAUCCCCCGCGUGAAGCAUGCCCGGGACAUGAAUGAUCGGUUCAAUUCAGCCUUCCGACCGAUCGAACAGCCUCUCACGCUUGAUGCACCAUUGGCAAAGCAGUCCGAUACUACUUCAGAAGCGGAGGUUGUCGUCAGUGUGCUUUCGCGCUCCGCCUAUGCUCUUAAGCUCACCGAUGAAGUUUAUGCGGAUCUCUCUAUGGUGAAUAUCAAGGGUAUGGGAGGCGAUCGUCUGGGAUUGGUCAUCUCCUCAUCAGCCGAUGAGAAAACCAUAGUAUGCAAACGAGACGAUAUCCUUGACUUAGGCCUCCUUCAAAACCACACAAUUGGUGUUCCUGAAUUAUUAAGCAUUCUGGUCGCACUACACAUAUCUGAGCGCGUCCAGGCAUCUCUUUGCCCAUAUUCCACUACACUUGUCUUUACGAAUGAUCGUUGGCUACUGAGGGUCCUCGCCAUGUCUAGGGAAGCUGAUCAACGGGCCCUCACACUGGCCACGUCUGAUGAACGGAUCAUGGAAUGGGACGAGUCGAUUGUAUAUGUGCAUCCGCAUACACCAACACGGAACCUGCGGACAUUAGUGCCGCAAGGAGUGAGCAAAUUCAUCAACCUAGACACCGUGUUCCAACCGUUGCAUGAUCGUUUUCUAGCUGCGAUCCCGAGCACAUGUGCCACCCAAUCCGCCAAGGAUUAUCUCUCAGAGCGCGCGUCAACUCCCCAUGUUCUCUCAUCAUCCCAAACAUCUAGGAAUGUAUUGAACAUGAUCUGGACCCAAUGGCUGAUAUUUUCAGCAGCCCUCCAAAGUACCAUGCCGCCUGACACUGCCGUUGCUCAUACUCUCUCAGCCUGCGCUGUCAAGUCAUACAUCCCCGCAGAGAACCCCCAUGUGACCGUUCAUCGACUAGAUCCCAGCCCACUCCUCCACCGCGACGCAACAUAUCUCCUAGUCGGAAUGACCGGAGAGCUAGGCCAAUCCCUCUGCCGGUGGUUGGUAGCGAACGGUGCACAACAUCUAGUCAUCGCAAGCCGGUCCGUGCAACCAGUUCCCUGGCAUGACGAAUUACAACAGUCAUCUGGCUGCCGAUUGAUGACUUUGCAAUUGGAUGUUUGCGAUCAGGAGGCUCUACGCUCUGCACACGAAACAAUUCUACAGUCCAUGCCACCGAUCGCCGGCGUCGUCAAUGGGGCUAUGGUUUUGGCUGAUGCGGCAUUCGUGAACAUGGCGUAUGAAGAUUUCAUUCGCGUACUCGAACCCAAGGUUAGGGGGAGCAAGAACUUAGAUGAGUUAUUUUCGGAGAACGAGCUCGAUUUCUUCAUUAUGCUCUCUUCUACGGCAUCUCUCAUUGGGAAUGCCGGGCAGAGCAAUUAUUCUGCGGCUAAUAUGUAUAUGAACGCACUCGCUGAACAGCGCCGCCAGCGCGGCCUUGCGGGAUCUUGCUUCGAUAUCGGCAUGAUCCUCGGUGUCGGUGUAGUCUCCCGGGAGCGAAUUUACGAGGAGCCCCUGCGCAAGGCAGGAUUGAUGCCAAUUGCCGAGCCUGAUUUCCACUGCAUGUUUACCGAAGCUAUGUGGCUGGGCCGUCCCGGCAUGUCUCCCCAUGCCUCUCCCUGCUUCUCUACAGGUCUUCAUGUUCCCCCGGGCCCGGUGCGGCCGGCAUGGUACCACGAUCCCCGGUUUUCACACUUCCAAGUUCCCGAGAUUGACUCCAGCCGGAGUACAAGUGCUGGGAAAGACGCCACUGUUACCAUCGGAGAACAGCUCCGGAGUAUUUCUGAAUUGACAGUUGCAGAGGGCCUGAUCCAAGAGGCUUUCGUUAUCAGGCUACAGAGCCUACUCCAGCUUACAGGACCAGUCGAGGAUGUGACGCGUGCCCUGUCAGAGCUUGGAAUUGACUCGCUUCUCGCUAUCGAGAUCAAGACUUGGUUCUUCCAGGAGUUGGGAUUCCAGGUCUCCGUAAUGAAGGUCCUCAAUGGCAUCUCUGUUCGUGGUGUAUGUCAUGAGGCAGCCGAGCAUGUCUUCAGGGCUAGAGCGGCCGAAAGCGAGGAGACUCCGACCGUCGAGAGUUCGGACGUUCUGAAGAUACCGAAGACUUCAACUCCCCGACAGCAGGAGGAUGAAGCAACCGAAACGGUAUCGACAAUUGCCCGAACGCAGGAAACCCCCUUCAGUGAUACAUCGUCGCAGACAAGCCACGCAGUUGAGACCCCUACCUCCUCCCAAAUUCUGCCUACCGCUGGCUUGUCCAUCCCAAACAUGGGAGGGCUUUCCAGUGAGCAGGAAAAGAUCUGGUUCAUGUUACAAUCGGUGGAUGACCCCGCCAUGUACAAUUGUACCAUCCAGUAUGAACUUCAAGGGCCGUUGAACCGGGCCCGCUUCCAGGCAGCAGUCACCGAGGUCGCGCAGCGGCACGAGUCGCUGCGAACUGCGUAUAUCACCUAUUCGCGAGAUCAAAUUCCCCAGCGCAUUAUUCUGGAUCAGCCUCAGAUCACAUGGAGAGAGAUCAUGAUAAAGAGUGAUGACAAGGGCAUGGCCGCGGCAGAAUUCCAAGCCCUGCAAACCCGAGCAUUCAAUCUUGCCAAAGGCGAGAGCAUAGCAAUUACUAUCCUCAGCCACGGACCUGCUCGCCAUGAUAUCAUCUUCGGCUAUCACCAUCUCAUAAUGGACGGAGUGAGCUGGCAAAUGGUGCUGCGCGAAUUUGCGUCCGCCUACCAGGAGCCUCAGAGCCUGUCUCCAGUGGUCGCUCAGUACAGUGAAUUUUGCAACCAGGAGGAUUCGACAAGGGACGCGACUACACCCGCAGGGAAUAAAGGGCCAUUUUCAACCGUCACAGACGGUCAAUUGCCCGACGAUCUGCCCUUAUUCCCGUUUGCCCGGGCAGGCUUCCGUACACGGACACGCACGAGCUAUGAGACGACCCGCGUCAGCGCGUACCUAGGCAAAGAGGACGCGAGCCGAGUGCGCUCUAUCAGUUCUCGCACCGGGGCCACAGCAUUUCACAUCCACCUGGCUGCAAUUCAGCUCCUCCUUCAUCAGACCCUCGAGGUUGAUCGAUUCUGUCUCGGAAUCGCCCACGCUAACCGCAACGAUCCGCGCUUUGAGCGAGUCGUCGGGCUGAUGGUCGAGGUCGUGCCGCUGUUGUUCGAGCCGCAACGAGAACAAGGGUUCAAAGAUCUGGUCAAGGAUACCCGAUCUCGUGUGCUGAAGGCAUUGAGCCAGCCUCACAGUGAUAAGAAGUCAUCUAGGCCCUGUGAUAUCGUCGUUAACUAUAUCGCCGGCGUCACACACGAUAUUAUGUUCGAUGAGGCCGUGCUAAAGUACUCAACAUCUGAAGACGCUCGUCAGCCGCAUGACCUGGUCAUCACCGUCCGAGAUAACCCUGAUGGCACGACGGUCAUUACUUUUGGGGCUCUUGAGUACCUAUACCACGCGCAUGAUGUACAGCUCCUGCUGGACCUCUAUGUGCGACUGCUAGGCUCUGUGGCCCUAAACUCCGACCUCAAAUUGGAGGAAUACCGCUGUUUAGAGCCAUUGUGUCUGAAGUUCCCCAGUGAACCGUCAUCCAGCCUGGCAGAGUUAGAUUCCGUCCAGGAGUCUGAUCGACUUACCCAGUGGAUUGCCAGAACUAUAGCGACCUAUCCGGACACAGUCGCCCUGAAGGAUACCGACGGAAGAGACCUCACCUACGCCGCGAUGGAGAGCAGAGUGCGUUCUAUUAUGGACAUUCUCAUAACAGCCGGUGUCAACCCUCGAGAAUUUGUGGUGGUGGCCUGCGGACCGUCCGUCGACACCGUCUGCGCCUUGUUGGCAAUCUGGCGGCUCGGGGCCGUCUAUGUUCCUGCAGACCUCGAGCAUGGUAUCGAGCGACUGUCCCUUGUCCUAAAAGAUUGCCAACCCACGGCUCUGAUAUGCCGCUCAAAAGCUGGAGUAGAGCAUCUCUUGGCCGAACAGGAGCUCCAAAUCGUGGAAUUGGAAAUGCAUUUGCCACCUCGAUCUACUUCCACGCUGGACUACGAUCUAUCUAUCGGGCAGGACCCCGCCAUCUUGAUUUAUACCAGUGGAACAACCGGGGUGCCCAAGGGAGUAUUGCUCAGUCAUGAUAAUCUACUAUGUCAUUUCUCGGCCGUGCAACAGGUGUUUCCAGUUGAUCAACCGGUGGUCUUGCAGCAGAGCUCGCACAACUUUGAUGCGUCCUUGUUCCAAAUUUGUGUUAGUCUGCUACACGGGGGUACCCUGGUCAUGACCAGUAAUCGUCAGGACCCGCUAGCGCUUGCAGAGUUGAUGGUACGCGAGAAGGUCAGCCUCACCCUUGGCGUUACCUCCGAGUAUGCCCUGUGGCUUGGCGAGGCCGCCUCCGUGCUGAGAGAUUGCACAUCUUGGCAAUAUGCCCUUUGCGGUGGAGAGAAAAUGGGAUUUGGCACACUGCAAAGCUUUUCCGCACUCAGUAUCCCUGGUCUGAGGCUUAUCAACGCGUAUGGGCCUUGCGAGGCAUCUGUCGCCUGCACAAUGGGAGAGAUCGACUACAAGAGAGCAAACCUUUCUGGAAGUCACGAUCCUAUUCCAGUUGGAGAAAUGCUACCCGCUUAUGCCAUCCACAUCUUAGACGACCAAAUGCAGCCGGUAGCUACAGGAUGGCCAGGUGAGAUCUGCAUUAGCAGUGGUGCUGUAUCAUCAUCUGGCUAUUGGAAUCGGCAGGAUGAGACCUCGGCGCGUUUCCGGGACUUCAACGGCGUCCGGGUCUACAAGACUGGAGACUACGGCCGCAUACUGCCCGACGGUAAACUGGAGUACCGCGGGCGCCUGAAGGGUGACUCGCAAAUCAAGCUGCGGGGGAUGCGUCUGGAGCUUGAGGAAAUCUCCAGUGUCCUUGUCCAGGCGUCCCAGGGUGUGCUACGGGAGGCUGCAGUGAUUGCUAAGGGGCAACCGGAGCCGUACCUUGUAGCAUUCGUGGUCUUUUCCACCACCUCUGACUCCCCAGUCAAUGUUGACUCUUUCCUCGACAGUCUGCGUAGUGGGCUUCCUCUUCCCGCAUACGCCAAACCCACGGUGAUCACCGUUAUCGACCGCAUCCCGUUGACGACCAGCGGCAAAGUUGACCGGACAGCACUGGGCAAACUUCAGAUCCAUCAACGGCAAAUAACAACUUCUACCUCAGGUGCGCUGAACAUCGUUGAAAUGAAACUGAAAGAGCUAUGGGAAGAACUUCUCCCGGUAACGGGGCUUCCUAUCACGUCGCGGUCCAAUUUCUUCGACCUAGGAGGCAACUCGCUGCAGAUCCUAAGGCUACAGGGACGCAUUCGAGCGAUCACGGCUGUCAGCAUCCCGGUGGUGCAUCUCUUCCAAUGCUCAACACUCAGCGAGAUGGCUCAGUUGAUUGGAGCGGCCACAACUGCGCACCGAGCAUCAUCCCCACCUCCUUUAGCACAAGCACCUCCCAACACGAUCGACUGGGAGAUCGAAACCGCUAUUCCCAGCUCCUUCGAUGACUCCAUCGCCAUCCCAGACCCUCUCAAUCACCCCGCACACCCGCCUCGAGAAGUUAUCCUCACCGGCACAACAGGCUUCUAUGGCACUGCACUCCUCAACCACCUCCUCUCAAUACCAUCCAUAACCCACAUCCACUGCCUCGCCAUCCGCCCCAACGCAGACGGCUCCCCCCGACACCUUCCGCACCUCUCAUCCCCCAAAGUCCACCUCUACAGUGGCGACCUCUCGCAUCCAACCCUCAGCCUCACAGAAGUCGAAGCCACUCGCCUCGCCUCCACCGUCGACUGUAUCAUCCACAACGGCGCCGACGUGUCAUUCCUGAAGCCGUAUUCCGCGCUGCGUGCCCCCAAUGUCCACUCUACCAAAUUCCUCUUCAGUCUAUGCAUUCCCCGCCGCAUCCCCUUCCACUAUAUCUCCACCGCUAGCGUCACGUCUCUAUCCAAGAAAGACGAAUAUCCCGAGGCUUCGGUAGCAAGCUACCCCCCACCCACGGACGGCUCGGCCAGUGGACAUACAGUGGGCUAUGCGGCAAGUAAAUGGGCUAGCGAGGUUUUCCUUGAGAAGGCUAGUGCGAGAUAUACUGAUGUCCCGGUUCGUGUUUAUCGUCCUACAGCUAUCACUGGAGCGGGGGAUAUGGCUAUUUCAGCGACGAGUGGUGGUGUUAUCGAGUCUGUGUUGGAUCUGAGUAGAGAAAUGGGGGCUACACCUGAGACUGGCUCCUGGAGGGGGUAUAUCGAUCUGAUUGGGGUGGAGAAGGCGGCUGAGAUGGUGGUGGGAAGGGUUGUUCAUGAUAGUGGUAGCGGUGAUUAUUGUGGGAAUGGAGUACAAUACUCGCAUGUCUGUGGGGAGAAGCGGUUCAAAGCGAUUGAAUUGAGGAAAUUCUUGGAGAAGGAGGAGGGGGUGGAAUUCCAGGAGCUGGAAUGGAAGGAAUGGUUGGCUAGGGCCGCUGAUUAUGGGAUUGAUGAUGGGGUUGCGGCUUAUUUGGAAGGAUUGCAGGGGAAGACUGGCAGUGCUGGGGAGUUGUUCUUUUUGCCGUUGUUGGGGGGCAGAUUAAGUGAUUAUUAG